ACCAUGAAGAAGGGGGUCCAUGGAAGCUCCCAUGCCAUUUGCCGGGAAUUUUCCAAAUGUGCCUAGGAAUGCAACCCUGGCUCAAGCCCUGGCUCCAGCCUCAGACCCUUUGCUGACGCGUUCUCUUUGGGGAAAGGACGCUCAGGUUUCUUGCUGUUUCUUGGCCCACCGUAACUUUGAGAGCCACGAUGGCGGCAAGACAAGGGGAUGCGGACUCCACAACGUAUUUACUGGACAUGCCACCAGAGGCUCCGAUGGGGAGUGGAACGGUGCUGCCUUGUCCACGAAAUCGGUUAUCCGCAAGGCUAGCAAAACUCCUGGAAUCCCACAGCUUCCACGUCGGCAUCCUCAUCCUCGUCGCCCUCGACCUCGGGUGCGUCAUAGCCGAGCUCGUCGUCUCCUUCAUGGAACUCGAACACCAGUGUGACUCCACGGGGCAACCUCUCCCCAACCCUGACGAACCCGAGGAAACUCUAUGGCUGCACUUAUUGAGCCUCGCCUCGUUGGUUAUUCUAGCCCUCUUCAUCCUCGAGCACGCGGCGCGGAUGUGCGUGUUCGGUGUCAGAUACUAUAUCCAUAACCCAUUACAUCUCUUCGAUCUGACAGUCGUCCUCGCAUCGCUGGUGCUUGAGGUGGUUCUCAAAGGCGCCGCGGGGGAGAUUGCCGGGUUAUUGAUUGUGUUGAGGUGUUGGCGGCUUGUGAGGGUGAUUGAUGGGGUUGCGACGGCGGUGGAGACGACGACAGAGGAGAGGAUGGUGAAGUUGGAGGAGGAGAAUAGGGGGUUGAGGGAGGAAGUUCGGGAGCUGAGGAGGAGAGUGGGAGUGGAUGGGGCCUUUCGGACCGCUAUGGGGUAGUAGAGGCAUAGUUUUCAUUACGUGGAAUAGGAGUCUAUCGGUCCGUCCGCAGUGCUUCCCACUCAUGCCGCAGGAUGCUGUAUUGUUUA